UUAGGCAUCAGCUGUUGCGCUUGGCGAGGCUCCCUGGCAGCGCCAGCCUGUGUUGGUGUCAGCUGAGGUAGUGUAAACAAACAAGGCUGAGGCUGCCGAGGUGCUGAGGAAAUCGUCUAAUGUCACGCAUUAUGACAGAUUUGGAACUCAAGAACAGAGGCAAUAAGCUCUUCUCCGUCAGGAAGUUUGACGAAGCGAUAAAGUGCUACACAGAUGCCAUAGCCAAGAAACCAUCUGUGGCUGUAUAUUACACCAACCGUGCCUUGUGCAACCUUAAACUGAAGAGAUGGGACUUGGUAUGUCAGGACUGCCGCACAGCGCUCGAGAUAGACCCAACUCUGGUCAAGGCUCACUUCUUCUUGGGCCAGGCAUUGCUAGAGAUGGACAACUUUGAUGAGAGUAUAAAACAUUUAACAAGAGCACAUGACCUGGCCAAGGAGCAGAAGGUGAACUAUGGUGAUGACGUGGCCUGCAUGAUCCGAGUGGCACGGAAGCGCAGGUUCAACGUUGCAGAGGAGAAACGAAUCUCACAAGAAAUAGAACUGCAGACUUACCUCAACAGACUAAUCUUGGAAGACCGAGACAGACAGAUUGAUGAAGUGCGAAGGAAAUAUGAGAAUGACGAAGACAGGUCACAGGAGGAGGUGAUGAGGAUAGAACAAGAAACAGAUAACUACAUCACAGAAGUCAACACCAUGUUUGCUCGUCUGGAUGAGAGAAGAAGAAAGCGGGAAGUUCCGGAUUACUUGUGUGGCAAGAUCAGCUUUGAGAUUCUGCGAGAGCCAGUGGUGACUCCCAGCGGCAUCACCUAUGACCGUAAAGACAUUGAGGAACACUUACAGCGUGUGGGCCACUUUGAUCCCAUCACCCGAACAGACCUGACGGUGGAUCAGCUGAUGCCCAACUUAGCCAUGAAGGAAGUGGUUGAUGCCUUCCUGUCAGAGAAUGAGUGGGCCCUUGAUUACUAGCCUGGUGUUGCCAAUACCACCACCACCACCACCACCACCACCACCACCACCACCACUGUUAUCAUCCAAGUCAUUCAUAUUGGUACUUAGCAUGGCUGAAGGCAAAGUCAAUUGGCAGUUUAUGGUGAUGGCUGUGUGUUGGAGACAUAACAUACCUUUGGGGGAAAUGUAUCACUUGCAUCAGUCCACCAUCAGUACAAGGCUAUAGGUGUAAUUUUUAUAUAGUGAGUAUAUGUAAGUGAUUGAAGGAAGGGAGGGAGGUGUCUUCAGGUGACUAUGUUUUUUCACACACACACACACACACACACACACACACACACACACACACACACACACACACACACACACACACACACACACACACACACACACACACACAU